CAGUAAUAUUACCGGGGUCCGCUGUAUCUUACGAAAGUCUAGUACCAUGAAGUUUAGUGUCAGGACAGUACUCUUCGUCGCGAAUUUAUUCGUCGUCGCGAGGCAACUUCAGUCCGCUAGGAUCCUCGCAGUCAUCCCGAUGCCUCCCUUCAGCCACCAAAUUUCCGCUAAGCCAUUGUGGGUGGAACUCAACAAACGCGGCCACGAAAUUGUGCUAAUUACUUCGAAUCCACUACCAAACAUGAAUCUGACGAACUUCACACAAAUUGACAUCGGGGAAUCGCACUACGCUAACGGCGAGAUCAAUUUUGUUGAAGUUAGAUUCAAUCGCGUUUCAGUCGUGAAGUUUCUGACUGACUAUGUGCCUAGUCUACGCGACGCGUUGGUACACCGUUUGCUGAACCAUACACAAGUGCGGAAGUUGUACGCGCCAAAUAGUGACGUAAAAUUCGACGUAGUCAUAGCUGAAAUGCUUUUUAUGCCAGCUAUAUACGCCUUUGCCCAUAGAUUUAACGCGCCCUUAAUAGGUUUCACCUCGCUAGGAAUAGCUGCCAUAAAUGAACACGUUCUCGGUGGGCUCGUGCUACCAUCGCACGAGGGUACCUGGGAAAUGGAAGCUAACACAGGAUCGGAUUUGCCAUUUUGGAAAAGGUUACGGAACUAUGUAACCUUUUGGCAUUAUUUGUAUGUAUACUAUCGCGACUUCUACCCUGGUCAACAGAAAAUAGCCGAGGAGUACUUCGGCAACAUACCCUCGCUGCUCGAAAUACAAAAGAACACUAGCCUAGUGUUCGUCAAUCAAAUGGAAGGCCUCGCGGCAGCCAAACCGAAGCUUCCAAACAUGAUUUCGUACAAUCCAAGCUACUUCAACGAAAACCCAAAAUCACUGCCGCAGGAUUUGAAACAAUUUGUGGACGAUGCAACAAAUGGAUUCGUCUACUUCAGUCUGGGUGGCAACGCUAUGAGCUCCCAUUUAACAUCAGAAACCGUACAGCUUUUUCUCGACGUGUUCGCCAGGUUGCCUUACCGAGUCGUGUGGAAGUACGAGAGGGAAUUGCCAACGAAACCAGACAACGUGUAUAUCGCACCUUGGUUCUCCCAGCUGAGUAUCCUUUCACACGCGAACAUCCGGCUGUUCGUAUACCAAGGUGGAUUGCAAAGCAGCGGGGAAGCUAUUCAGUGCGAAGUACCUGUUUUGGGGUUACCAUUGAUAGUAGAUCAAGAAUAUCAAAUUGGUCGAAUGAAAGCUCUUGGGGUCGGGGAGCGUCUGGAUAUUACUACUGUAACGAGAAACGAGUUAGAAAGAACUAUAUUAGAGAUUAUAAAUAAUAAAAAAUACAAGAAAAAAAUGAUCGAACUGAAAAACAUCGUUAACGACAUUCCGUACAAUUCGAUAGAGCACCUUGCUUGGUGGACGGAAUACGUGAUUCGUCAUAGGGGUGCCCCUCAUCUUCGCUCCAGUUUAGCUAAACAACCCUGGUACCAACGUCACGACAAUGACUUCGUAAUAUUUCUGGUGAUCCUAACCUGGGUCUGGGUCAUAGGUCUGAUUGUGGCCGGUAAUUAUUCGAUUAAUCGUGUCUUUCGAUAAACAAAAGGUCGACUAGCAUAUAAUUCAUUUGUUUGUUAUUUUCGUAACUAGAAAAAAUACAAUUUUACAACUUGUUGUGCAAUUUUUAAUAUCAUAUUCUUGUAUGUUUUUAAACAAGUUCUAAAACCAUAUUGUUUCAUAUGUAUAUAUAUCGUUACCUAAUCAAUAAAUUAUCACAAAAUAUUUACGUACCUUUACUUUGUAUCUUUUGGGUUGCGAAAAAAAAAACACAAUCAUAAAUAGAGUCGAAAAUGAAAAAAGUUUAACAAAUUCAAACAAGCAAUAUAAUAAAAUCGAAGCUCGAGUAAGUCCGGUAAAUUUGUUUCUUUUAUUGUAUUCGAAAGCUCUCAUACCAUUAAUAUUUUUGAAAAAUCAUAAGCAGCUACUAGAAUGUUAAUGCCAGCACCGCUUGUUGUAGAUAUCAUGAAAUUAGACGUCAUGUACGUGGAAAAUCUUCGAAAUGCCGCCGUAAUUAAGCGUCACUUCUUGUUCGAACAGCAAAGUCAAUUAAAGCGCUGGACGUGUUUGCUACGUCGUAGUAUGUUAAGCUGAACUGACUGAUAAAUAAUAGCCUCGCGUAUCGUUCGCGGAAAAAAUUCGUGCGCGUAUACUUUUAGAUUUUCUCGCAGUUCCACCGUCGACCAUCGCCGCCGGUAAGUGUAAAUUCAAUUAAGCCGACGUCAUUUGAUUUCUAUGGAGUGGACGUUCUAAAUAUUUCGACAGGCCUCUUCAUAAAUACAGUCCAUAAUCAAUUCCCAAUAUUCCACCAGAGACACUCAAUUUGCGCAACCCGUGCUUUUCUAUUUGCUGGCCUGAUUUUAUGACCUGUCAAGGCUGCGCCUCGAUCAACACUCUGUUUUUCAACGAAAACAUAUCAUCGCGCGAUGUUCGAUGGCUUAUAAUCUUGAUGUUACAGGGUGUAGUGGACGUACUCCAUCAUUUGUUACGCACAGGGCGGAGAAGGUAACUGAGACCACUUUCAUAACUCGAUAAAUAUUGAUUGCGACAAAAACUCUGGUAAACAAGUAUUACGUCGCAUCAUGUGUUUGCAAGAAAGGAACAUCGGGAUCGGGAACAUCACCUACACCUCAAAGGGUACUCAAUCUGGUGUUUAU